UUCUUUCUCGGGUUUCUCCGCCUCCCCCCGCCCGAGUCCCGAACGAGCCACCGCGGCGGCCGCGGCGGCGCGAGCUCGCGCGGUGUCCCUCCGCCGCCGGCCGCGCACUCCUUUUCGUGUCCUUCCACCGUGCCCGGGCUGCGUCCGGGCGGCUCACCGGGGGCGGCGGCGCGGCGGCGGCGCGGGCGGCGAGGCUCCGGGGCGAUGAGGUGAGGCUGCCCGGGCAGCGGAGGCGGCAGCGCGCGGCGCCAGCGAGCCGGGACGCGGAGCCCCGCGGGCGGCGGCUGCCCCUGGGCCCCCCGCGCCCGCGCCACGGCCGAGGAGAGGACGUUGCUUAUUCUCUGAGCUAUCCGAAGAGAGUGACUAAAUGCACCUGGGUCAGGCGGUCUGCGGGUAUGAAGUGGUUGGGAGAAUCCAAGAACAUGGUGGUGAGUGGCAGGAGGAGUGGAGGCGAGUUGUCUAAUGGCCACCAGCAGAACCGGUCCAAGGCGCAGCACGCGGGGAAGGACUCCGUGAAGGCGGGCAAAGCCGCGGUCGAGAGGCGCUCGAGCAGAUGCAAUGGUAACUCAGGAUUUGAAGGACAGAGUCGCUAUGUCCCAUCUUCUGGAAUGUCCGCCAAGGAACUCUGUGAAAACGAUGACCUAGCAACCAGCUUGGUUCUUGACCCCUAUUUAGGUUUUCAGACGCACAAAAUGAAUACGAGCACCUUUCCCUUGAGGAGCUCAAGGCAUUUUUCGAAGUCGGACGGUUUUCCUCACGCCAACCCCGUGAGAUUUCGACCGAUUAAAGGAAGGCAAGAAGAGCUGAAGGAAGUGAUAGAACGUUUUAAGAAAGACGAGCACUUGGAGAAAGCUUUCAAAUGUUUAACGUCAGGCGAGUGGGCGCGGCACUAUUUUCUCAACAAGAACAAAAUGCAGGAGAAAUUAUUCAAGGAACAUGUAUUUAUUUACUUGCGAAUGUUUGCAACUGACAGUGGAUUUGAAAUACUGCCUUGUAACAGAUACUCAUCAGAACAAAAUGGAGCCAAAAUAGUUGCAACAAAAGAGUGGAAACGAAAUGACAAAAUAGAAUUACUGGUGGGUUGUAUUGCCGAGCUUUCAGAAAUCGAGGAGAACAUGCUACUUAGACACGGAGAAAACGACUUCAGUGUCAUGUACUCCACAAGGAAAAACUGCGCCCAGCUCUGGCUGGGGCCGGCCGCCUUCAUCAACCACGAUUGCAGACCUAACUGUAAGUUUGUCUCGACCGGCCGCGAUACGGCGUGUGUCAAGGCGCUCCGCGACAUUGAGCCUGGAGAAGAAAUUUCUUGUUACUAUGGAGACGGGUUCUUUGGAGAAAAUAACGAGUUCUGCGAAUGUUACACGUGUGAAAGGCGGGGAACUGGUGCUUUCAAAUCCAGAGUGGGACUGCCCGCGCCUGCUCCCGUUAUCAAUAGCAAAUACGGACUCAGAGAAACAGAUAAACGCUUAAAUAGGCUCAAAAAGUUAGGGGACAGCAGCAAAAACUCCGACAGUCAGUCUGUCAGCUCCAACACUGACGCAGACACCACUCAGGAAUCAAACAACACAAAUUCUAACCGGAAGUCUUCAGUGGGUAUGAAACGGAACGGCAAGAGCAGACCCUUAGCGCGGCCGCCGAUGGCGAGGAUCCCAGCUCCCUCCCACUCUACCUCAUCAAAGCCAGCUCAUGUAAAUAAUUCCAGGGUACCAAAGAAACUGAAAAAGCCGGCAAAGCCUUUACUCGCAAAGAUAAAAUUAAGAAAUCAUUGCAAACGCCUGGAGCCACGGAACGCUUCGAGAAAACUCGAAAUGGGGAACUUGGUACUUAAAGAGCCGAAAGUCGUCUUGUAUAAAAAUCUCCCCCUCAAGAAGGACAAGGAGUCGGAGGGCACGGCCCAUGCCGCUGUCCCGAGCGGGUGCUUGACUCGGCACGCGGCGAGAGAACACAGGCAGAACUCGGGGCGGGGCGCCCCGCCGCCCGCCGCCGAGGGCUCGCCCUGCGCUUACAUAACCCGGAGGUCCCUGAGGACGAGGAUGCACCCAAAGGAGCCCUCUGCCGCCCUGCUGGAAACCCCCGCGGCUGAGGGCGACAGGAGCGACGGGACGGAGGCUGGCCCGGACGAGGCGGCGCAGCCCACCGGCCCGGCCCCGGAGGAGCCGCCUCAGGAGCCCGCGCCCGCGGGGGACGCCGAGCGUGCCAAGAGCGACGGCAGCACCUCCAAGAAGAAGUCGCGGCCGGGAAAGCCGGCCCAGCCGUCGGCGAAGGCGGAGGAGUCGGCCGCGGUACAGGACUCCCCCGGGAAAGCCGGCGGGGCCCCGGACACGGCGGGGUCCCCUGCCCAGCAGGGCGAGCACCCGAGCCCCGAGGGCGCGCCCGGGAGCUACCCGGACUGGGCGCUCUCGCCCGUGGGGGGCUCGGUGGUGCCCUCCGACGGCUUCCAGACGAAGGACAGCUGCAGAACUGCGAAAACGAAGAAGAAGCGGCGCAUCACCAGGUACGAUGCGCAGCUGAUCCUGGAGAACAGCUCGGGCAUCCCCAAGCUGACCCUGCGCCGGCGCCACGACAGCAGCAGCAAGGCCAGCGACCCCGAGGGCGACGGCGUGAACGCGUCCAAGAUCAGCAUCAAGCUGAGCAAGGACCACGAGAACGACAGCAACCUGUACGUGGCCAAGCUCAACAACGGCUUCGGCGCGGGCGCGGCCAGCAGCGCCACCAAGCUCAAGAUCCAGCUGAAGCGGGACGAGGAGGGCCGGGCCGCCUACGCCGACGGGCUGCGCGACGGCGGCGGCCUGUGCUGCAGCGACCCGCUGUCCCUGCUGGAGUCGCGCAUGGAGGUGGACAACUACAGCCAGUACGAGGAGGAGAGCAGCAGCGCCUCCUCCUCCGAGGGCGACGACGAGGACGAGGACGACGACGACGAUGACUUCGAGGACGACUUCAUCCCGCUGCCCCCCGCCAAGCGGCUGCGGCUCAUCGUGGGGAAGGACUCCAUCGACAUCGACAUCUCCUCCAGGAGGAGGGAGGACCAGUCGCUGCGGCUGAACGCCUGAGCCCGCCCCGUCCCGCCC